AUGUCAAAUGCUACAACAUCAGCCAGAGACUUCCCUCUUGCUACUGAUAACCCGAGAAUUUCAGACCUCGCAACAAGAUUACAAGUCAGUAGUAACAGUACUAAUACUACUUCUGCUGAUUGUUGGGGUUCCUUAGCAGAGCUUAGACAUUGCUCAAAUGAGAUCAUCGGCUUCUUCCUUAAUGGAUACACUGAUCUCGAUACCCCAUGCUGCCAAGCCAUUGAGAUCAUCAUCCAACAUUGUUGGCCUUCGAUGUUAGGUGUUCUUGGGUUUACUACUGAAGAAGGUAACUUGCUGGCUGCCUAUUGCAGCAACAACUCUGCUGCAAAACAUGUUGUUGCACCACCUGGAACCAAAACUACUACUGCUGGCAGUCAUAUUUAG